AUGCAGCUCUGCCACGACCGCGGGUACCUGGUGACCCAGGACGAGCUGGACCAGACGCUGGAGGAGUUCAAGGCGCAGUUUGGGGACAAGCCCAGCGAGGGCCGCCCCCGUCGCACCGACCUGACCGUGCUGGUGGCUCACAACGACGAUCCCACGGACCAGAUGUUCGUGUUCUUCCCCGAGGAGCCCAAGGUGGGGAUCAAGACGAUCAAGAUGUACUGCCAGCGCAUGCAGGAGGAGAACAUCACACGGGCACUGAUCGUGGUGCAGCAGGGAAUGACCCCCUCAGCCAAGCAGUCCCUGGUUGACAUGGCUCCCAAAUACAUCCUGGAGCAGUUCCUGCAGCAGGAGCUUCUCAUCAACAUCACAGAGCAUGAGCUGGUGCCAGAGCACGUGGUCAUGACAAAGGAGGAACACAGCAAACUGAGGGAGAACCAGCUCCCCAGGAUCCAGGCCGGGGACCCUGUGGCCCGCUACUUUGGGAUAAAGCGUGGCCAGGUAGUGAAGAUCAUCAGGCCCAGCGAGACGGCGGGCAGGUACAUCACCUACAGACUGGUGCAGUGA